GCCCCGAGCUCUGCGGACUCUGCCCGGGACAGGCAGCGAGCGCGCUGACCCCACUGCCUUGCCUGUCGCAUCCCGGGUCAUGGCGGCGCCGGGGCCCACGGCCCGAGCUGGCACCAGGCCCAGGUUAGAUCUGCAACUUGUCCAGCGGUUCCUGAGGAUACAGAAGGUGUUCUUUCCUUCUUGGUUAUCAAAAAAUGUCUUAAUGUUCAUGACGCUCUUGUGUAUGGCCCUCCUGGAGCAACUGGUGAUCUACCAAGUUGGCUUGAUCCCCAGUCAGUAUUACGGGGUCCUGGGAAACAAAGACCUGGAUGGAUUUAAGGCACUGACUUUCCUAGCCGUGGUGCUCAUUGUCCUCAACUCCACCCUGAAGAGCUUUGACCAGUUCACCUGCAACCUGCUGUACGUGAGCUGGCGGAAGGACCUCACGGAACACCUACACCGCCUGUACUUCCGGGCCCGCGUGUACUACACCCUCAACGUGCUGCGGGACGACGUUGAUAACCCGGACCAGCGAAUCAGCCAGGACGUGGAGCGGUUCUGCCGGCAGCUGAGCAGUGUGACCAGCAAGCUCAUCAUCUCCCCCUUCACUCUCGCCUACUACACGUACCAGUGCUUCCAAAGCACAGGCUGGCUUGGGCCUUUGUGCAUCUUUGGAUAUUUCAUCCUGGGUACCAUGGUGAACAAAACUUUGAUGGGUCCCAUCGUGACGAAGCUGGUGCAGCAGGAGAAGCUGGAGGGGGAUUUUAGGUUCAAACACAUGCAGAUUCGAGUGAACGCCGAGCCUGCUGCUUUCUACAGAGCUGGGCUGGUGGAGCACAUGAGGACAGACCGCAGGCUGCAGAGACUCCUUCAGACCCAGAGAGAGCUGAUGUCCAGGGAGCUCUGGCUGUACAUCGGUAUCAACACCUUUGACUAUCUGGGCAGCAUUCUGAGUUACGUAGUCAUCGCGAUCCCCAUUUUCAGUGGGGUCUAUGGAGACCUGAGCCCCACAGAGCUCAGCACCCUGGUCAGCAAGAAUGCCUUCGUGUGCAUCUACCUCAUCAAUUGCUUCACCCAGCUCAUCGACCUGUCCACCACGCUCUCAGACGUGGCCGGCUACACGCACAGGAUUGGAGAACUUCAGGAGGUCCUGCUGGACAUGUCCCAAAAAUCACAAGACUGUGAGACCCUCAGCGACAAUGAGUGGGAUUUGUGCAAGGCCUCAGGGUGGCCGACAGCAGAACCAUCAGACACAGCUUUUCUGCUUGAUCGGGUUUCGGUCUUGGCCCCCUCCUCAGACAAGCCCCUCAUCAAGGACCUGAGCCUGAAGAUCUGUGAGGGCCAGAGCCUGCUCGUCACAGGGAACACGGGCACCGGCAAGACCUCCCUCCUGCGGGUGCUGGGAGGCCUGUGGGAGAGCGAGAAGGGCUCAGUGCAGAUGCUGGCUGAUUUUGGGCCCCACGGGGUGCUGUUCCUGCCACAGAAGCCAUUCUUCACUGAUGGGACACUUCGGGAGCAGGUGAUCUAUCCCCUGAAGGAGAUCUACCCUGACUCAGGUUCUACCGAUGAUGAGAGGAUCGUGAGGUUCUUGGAGUUGGCAGGCCUGUCCAGCUUGGUGGCGAGGGCAGGAGGUCUGGACCAGCAGGUCGACUGGAACUGGUAUGAUGUCCUGUCCCCAGGGGAAAUGCAAAGGCUGUCAUUCGCCCGCCUCUUCUACCUGCAGCCAAAGUACGCAGUGCUGGAUGAGGCCACCAGCGCCCUAACAGAGGAAGUGGAGAGCGAGCUUUAUCGAAUCGGCCAGCAACUGGGGAUGACGUUCGUCAGCGUGGGACAUCGGCCCAGCCUCGAGAAGUUUCACUCCUGGGUUCUGAAACUGUAUGGAGGAGGAAGGUGGGAACUGACCAGAAUCAAAGAGGAAUGAAGCCAUGCCCGGGAACACACCAGGACAGCUGAGCUCUGGGCAGGCCCACGGUGCCCGGAACAGACAAGGAAGACUGGGGCAGGAAGGAGCCUCAGGUUCAUCUCAGGUCCUACACAGGAACCCUAGCAGCAGCCUCGGGCCCUGCCCAGGGGUGGCCCUUCGGGGAGCACUAAGGCCUCCUCCCCAGUGCUGCUGCCAUGAUUUUUGCUGAAGAAAACUAAAUGAACUGUAAGAAGCGAAGGGUCAGAGUGGGAAGAGCUAUGGGACUCAAGAAAGCUGGCGAAAUUCCACACUGAUAGAUUUUUUUAAACUUGAAUUUACCAUUUAAAUUUUGUAAGUUUUUAAAUAAAGAAUAAAUAUUUUAAA